AUGAAGUCUCUCGUUUUGUUACUCUACUCUUGUGCUCUGGCUUUAGAGAUUUUCGUACACUCUUUUGUGGAAGCCGUUCAUUUGAAAUGUACGUCCGUUUGGUUCUGUGUUCAAAGUAUGCAGUGCUCUUUAAACCGACGGAAUUUGCUGACCAUUCUCUUUUUUUUGCUUCAUGGCGUUAUUUAUUAUCACUUGAACACAGCGAAUUAUCAACAGCAUGGUCAUCACCGUCGUGGGCUCGUUUGGAAUCGUAAUACCGGCAGGACUGCGUCGAUGCCUCGUGCGGGAGAUUGGCCUGUGGCUAUUGUGAGGGCGAAAGCUGUUGUGGCAAAUAUGUCCGUAGAGGAUAAAGUUGCACUUGCUACUGGGAUAGGUUGGAAAAAAGGUCCUUGCGUUGGUAAUACACCCGCUGUCCCAUCCAUCAAUUAUCCAGGUCUUUGCUUGCAAGAUUCUCCAACUGGAGUUCGCUUUGCCGAUCUCGUUAGCGUCUUUCCUGCGGGAAUCAAUAUUGCAGCAACGUUCAAUCGGACUAUGAUGCGGCUCGGCGUCGAGUUCAAGGGGAAGGGUGUGAAUGUUGCCUUGGGUCCUGAUAUCAACAUCGUUCGGUCUCCUCGUGCGGGGAGGAACUGGGAGACGUUCGGAGCUGAUCCGUACCUCAGUGGGGAAGCCAGCUUCGAGACUGUUACGGGAUUGCAGGCUAAUGGACUUCAAGCCUGUGAACAGGAGACGAAUCGCUCGUCGUCAUCCUCUAACGUUGAUGAUCGAACUACGCAUGAAAUCUACCUCCACCCCUUUCUCAAAGCCGUUCAAGCCGGUGUAGUUGCAUUCAUGUGUUCAUAUAACCGAGUGAAUGGAACCUACUCCUGCGAAAAUGAGCAUGUACUCAACGACCUGCUCAAAGGGGAGCUUGGGUUUCAAGGGUAUGUCAUGACGGAUUGGUGGGCGAGUUUAGAUACAUUUGGGACUCUUGCCGCGAACAAAGGACUCGAUAUGGUUAUGCCAGGCGAAGCUUCUCCCAGUGCAAACCACUCCUACUUCGGGCCCGCACUGGUGAACGCAGUCAAGACAGGGCAGGUACCCACCUCCCGUCUCGAUGAUAUGGCAACUCGUAUACUAGCAGCAUACUACGUACAAGGACAAGACGGCAAUGAUUAUCCCAGCGUGAAUUUUGAUAGUUGGACUUCAUCGAGGGGAAAGCAUGUGGAUGUUCAGAGUGACCAUAAGAAGCUGAUUAGGAGCAUUGGGGCUGCUAGCACCGUGCUGUUGAAGAAUGCUGGAAGUCAAUUGCCAUUGGGGGAUAACGUAAGGAGUGUUGCGGUUGUUGGGAGUGAUGCGGGGCCUAAUCCAAAAGGACCAAACAGUUGUCCAGGACGUGGUUGCGAUGUUGGCAUUCUGGCUGUUGGAUGGGGAAGCGCAAACUCGAUCAACGCCACCGUGUUUUCGAGCCUAAACGAUACUGAUCUGGGUGCAGCGAAGAAUGUUUCAUCCGGGAAGGAUGUGGCAUUCGUGUUCAUUACCGCUGAUUCGGGUGAAGGAUAUAUUACCGUUGAAGGGAAUCCGGGCGACAGGAAUGAUUUGAAUGCAUGGCAUAGUGGGGAUGAGCUUGUGAAGGCCGUUGCGGGGGUGAAUAAGAACACGGUCGUGGUCAUUCAUGCCGUUGGGGCGAUUAUCAUGGAAGCAUGGAUCGAUCAUCCGAAUGUCACCGGGGUCAUCUAUGCUGGACUUCAGGGUCAGGAGGCUGGGAACUCCCUUGUCGACAUCUUGUGGGGGGAUAUUAACCCCUCAGGUCGGCUACCGUACACGAUCGCGAAGUCUCCAUCUGAUCACAGUGCCGAUAUCUCCAAUGGGUAUAACGUUGAUUACACUGAGGGUUUGUAUAUCGAUUAUCGAUGGUUUGACAAGAGUAACAUUGCGCCACGGUUCGAGUUCGGAUACGGACUCAGCUAUACUUCGUUCUCUUAUUCCGCUCUAGCGAUCGUAUACUUGGGUGGGGGUUUGGGUAACGAACCUCAGGCUCCCACUGGCCCUGGAUCAUCCUUAUCUUCGUGGUUGCAUGACGAUUGGAUGACAGUUACAUUCGAGCUCACUAACACUGGAUCUGUGGACGGUGUUGAGGUCUAUUCCUCAGUUAUACAUCGUCCCCCGCCUUCGGCGAAUUCACCUCCUAAACAACUCCGCAACUUUGACAGUGUCUUCCUCCAAAAAGGUGAAUCAAGCCUUGCCAAGAUGUAUUUAAGUCGGUAUAGUUUUGCCGUUUGGAAAAGCAUUGAGCAUCGGUGGGAGGUUCCAAGGGGAAAGUAUGGUGUCUGGGUUGGAGCUAGUAGUAGGGAUAGGCGACUCUAUGGAGAGAUUGAUGUCUGA